CGCAGGCGCGGAAGACGAGCGACGCGCGGCUGGAAGGCGGAUCGGCUCGGCUCGGGUUGGUGGGUGGGGGAGGGGAAUCUGGCGUAGCGGGGCUGUGGUGGGGCCCCACUUAGUGUUGGGAAUUUUCGCGGCGGUCACCUGGGCUCCUGAGGCUCUGGGGAGUACUCGGCGGUUGCCUUCGCGCCGGACAGGCUGGCGGUGUUGGGGCCGUGUGGCGCCGAGAAGGGGAACCGCUCGCGGGCACGUUCGGACUCGUGAAGCUACGUCGCGCUGAGCACUCUGGGAUUUGUAGUUCUCGAGAUGGAGCGCGCUGUGCCACACGCGGUACCUCUGGGUCAGAUGGAAGUGUUUCAGGCUCUGCAGCGGCUCCACAUGACCAUUUUUUCCCAGAGUGUCUCCCCCUGCGGGAAGUUCCUGGCAGCUGGCAACAAUUACGGGCAGAUAGCCAUCUUCAGCUUGUCUGCUGCUCUGAGUUCUGAGGCCAAAGAAGAAAGUAAGAAGCCAGUGGUGACAUUCCAAGCCCAUGAUGGACCGGUCUACAGCAUGGUCUCCACAGAUCGACAUCUGCUCAGUGCUGGGGAUGGGGAAGUGAAGGCCUGGCUUUGGGCAGAGAUCCUCAAGAAGGGUUGUAAGGAGCUGUGGCGGCGUCAGCCCCCAUACAGGACCAGCCUAGAAGUGCCUGAGAUCAAUGCUUUGCUUCUCGUCCCCAAGGAGAAUUCUCUCAUCCUGGCAGGGGGAGACUGUCAGUUGCAUACAAUGGACCUUGAGACUGGGACCUUCACACGGGCCCUCCGGGGCCACACAGACUAUGUCCACUGCCUGGCGCUGCGGGAGCGGAGUCCCGAGGUGCUGUCAGGUGGAGAGGAUGGAGCUGUGCGACUUUGGGACCUCCGCACAGCCAAGGAAGUCCAGACCAUCGAGGUAUAUAAGCAUGAGGAGUGCUCGAGGCCACACAAUGGGCGUUGGAUCAGCUGUUUGGCAACUGACUCAGACUGGAUGGUCUGCGGAGGAGGCCCAGCGCUCACCCUCUGGCACCUCCGAUCCUCCACACCCACGACUAUUUUCCCCAUACGGGUGCCACAGAAACAUGUUACCUUCUACCAGGACCUGAUUCUGUCAGCUGGCCAGGGCCGCUGUGUCAACCAGUGGCAGCUGAGUGGGGAGCUCAAGGCGCAGGUGCCUGGCUCCUCCCCAGGGCUGCUUAGCCUUAGUCUCAACCAGCAGCCAGCAGCACCCGAGUGCAAGGUCCUGACAGCCGCAGGUAACAGCUCCCGAGUGGAUGUUUUCACCAAUCUCGGCUACCGCGCCUUCUCCCUGUCCUUCUGACCUCUGGCAACACCCCUUCCAUCAUCCCAGGGAUUUAGAUUGCUUUUUUUUAUUUUAUUAAAUAAGUAAAUUUUUAGGCUAUUG